AUGAAUCUUAACUACAAGUGGAGUUGGAAGCUCUCACACGGAGCAGCCGGAGUGGGCCGUGAGGGUGAAGUGGGCCGUGAGGGUGAAGUGGGCCGUGAGGGUGAAGUGGGCCGUGAGGGUGAAGUGGGCCGUGAGGGUGAAGUGGGCCGUAAGGGCGGAGUGGGCCGUGAGGGAAGAGUUGGCCGUGAGGGUGGAGUGGGCCGUAAGGGUGGAGAGCGCCGUGAGGGAAGAGUUGGCCGUGAGGGUGGAGUGGGGCCGUGA